AACGACUACAGCCAAAAAGAUUAGAAAGCGCAAGACGACGUUUGUUUUACAGAAGCAGAUAAGCUUUUUUUUUUUUUUUUUGCAGGCUCAAAUAGCAAUCACAGCACAAUUCGGUGGUGAACAAUUUUGGAAAUUCCACACGUUCUCUAUAAAUGGAUCGGAUCAAAGAUGAAGCUUUGAUUCCCCCAAAUUCAUCACCAUCUGAAUUUCGUCAACUCCCUUUGGAUCCCCACCUUCUCUCCAAUCGCUCGCAACCCAGUUCAAGCCAGAGGGCUGAAGGGGAAAUCAAGGAUUGUCUAGCUGCGAGAAAGACUCAGAAAGCUGACCGGGAGAAGUUGAGGAGGGAUCGACUAAACGAGCAGUUUGUUGAGUUGGGAAGUGCUUUAGAUCCUGACCGACCCAAAAAUGAUAAAGCAACCAUUUUAGCUGAUACAAUUCAAUUACUGAAGGAUUUGACAUCACAAGUCGACAAACUUAAAGCUGAGCACGCUAUGCUUACAGAAGAAUCUCGUGAGUUGACUCAGGAGAAAACUGAUCUCAGAGAAGAGAAGGCUACUCUUAAAUCUGACAUUGAGAAUCUAAACAUUCAAUGUCAGCAGAGAUUCAGGACUAUUUACCCCUGGACAGCUAUAGAUCACUCCGUUGUCAUGGCCCCACCUUCAUACCCAUUUCCAGUACCGAUGGCAAUGCCUCCAGGAUCAAUUCCCAUGCAUCCACAUAUGCAGCCAUACCCGUUUUAUGGAAAUCAGAAUCCAGGGGUCAUUCCUAACCCAUGUUCGACUUUUGUUCCAUAUGUAACUCCAAGCACCCUGGUGGAACAACAGUCUGCUCAAUAUGUAUCCCCAUUUGUGCAGCAUGGAAGUCGAUCCAAUGCCUCAGGCGAGCAAGAUUCCAGAAACAAGUCAUCAGGAGAGAGCAAAAUUGAGAAAAAUGAGGAUUCAAAUGAUAUAACAACAGACCUGGAACUGAAGACGCCUGGAUCUGCAUCAGAUCAGGAAUUAACAUCAGGACAGGCAAAAUCACAAAAGUCUGCAAGGGAGGAAAACAACAUAAUGGAAAAGAGUUGUUCAAGUAGAUGUUCUUCUUCCCGCAGUGUCCAGGAUAGCUCAUCUAAUAGCAUAGUUAGUGGUCGGGAUGCCGAUGGCUGAUAAAGACAUGAGGAGAUAAAAAAACAGACACAAAAUAGGUUCUGGAAACUUGAGUGUAUAUAUUACAUGUAAAUUGUUUUUCUCUGCUA